CGAGUGGAAAGAAAAGUGCCACGACUCCAGAGAGUCAGCAGAGAGGCUGAACCGGCUCAGAGAGCGAGUCUGUGCCAGCAGGAUUCCGGCUCUACCGCAGCUCCCACCGUGUGAGCCUCUCCACAGCACCGACCGGGCAGCAUUUACCGUGAGCUUCCCUCUGCAGACAUCAAAGCAUUAAAAACAAAAUGGAUUUGUACGACCCUCAGACGAUAGGAGUAGUUGUGUUUGGCAGCUUCAUGGUUAUAUCUGCCAUUGGUAUUGUCCUUGUGUCCACUUUUUCCAUGAAGGAGACAUCUUAUGAAGAAGCAUUGGCCAAGCAACGCAAAGAGCAGGAGAAAGGUCUUCAACCCAAAACCGAUAAGAAAAAGAAAGAUAAAAUCAAUGAGAAGAAAGGAAAGUCCAAAAAGAAGGAUGAUAAACCAAAUGGUAAAUUACCCGAGCAUGAAACAUCUCAGGAUAUCGUUGAGCAGAAAAAAGCGGAAGUGCAGCCUGAGGUAGUAGUGGAGGAGAAGCCAGUACGUGAUGCGCCUAUAGCACCUGUUGUGGUUCCAGCUCCUGCUUCCGCUCCAGCACUGGCUCAAGCAUCAGCUCCAAUACCGUCUCCAGAAAAAGCAGCUUCUUCUCCUAAAGACAAAAAGAAGAAACAAGAAAAGAAGGUGCAGAAAGUUGAACCAUCCCAGAAUCCAGCAGUGGUUGUAGCACAGGCUCCGAUUUCUAAGGCUACAGUUUCCAAGACGGCUGCUUCUAAACCUGCUCCAGUUUUGGAAGUGUCUGCCAAAGAAGUCCCUGUGGUUGCUGUUCCUCCUGUGGGAUCAAAGCCAAGCCCACCUGUCACCAAUUCUAUCCCUCCUAAGAAGGCCGAAGCUGUUGUAAGCCAUGAAGAGUCCAAGAAUGACGCAGCUCCAAAGAAGAAGAAUGUAUCUAAGAAAAAAUCUGAGACAGUUGUUAACGAGCUGGAUAGCGCCAUUUACCUCCCCUACAAGACCCUGGUUUCUACUAUAAGCAGCAUGGUUUUCAGUGAAGGUGAAGCCCAGAGGCUCAUUGAAAUUCUAACUGAGAAGAAUGGUAUUAAGCAAGGAACCUGGCACACGGCUACCCAAAAAGGAGAUCCAGUUACUGCUCUAAAAAAGCAAUUGGAAGAGAAAGAAAAGCAAUUAUCAGCUGAACAAGAGGACGCUGCGGCUGCUAAAAAUAAACUGCGAGAGCUGAAUAAGGAACUUGCAGCCGAGAAGGCCAAAGUGGUUAGCGUGGAAGCAAAAUCAAAAGAGCAACUAUUGUCCAAAGACAAGGAGAUUACAGCUGUGCAGGCUCGUAUGCAGGCCAGUUACCAGGAUCACAUAAAAGAGGUCCAGCAGCUGCAAGGAAAGAUUCGAACUCUACAAGAAGAGAUUGAGAAUGGCCCCAAAGCCCAACUUGCUCGUCUGCAGCAGGAGAACUCUAUCCUAAGGGACGCACUUAAUCAAGCCACAAGCCAAACUGAGAGCAAGCAAAAUGCGGAGCUGGCCAAACUCCGCCAGGAGUGCAGCAAACUGACGAAGGAACUUGCUGAAAAGAAUGACUCCUUCCAGCAGGAAGAACAACGUAGAAAGAACCAGGAUAGUAAAGUAGCUGCUUAUGAGAAGCAGGUGUCACAGUUACAGACUUUACAACAGGAGAGUGAAGCUACGCUCCAGAAGAGAUUGGAUGAAGUGAACGAGGAGCUGCGGAAGUCUCAGAGCAGCUACAAAAACCUACUCUCCGAUUCAGAAAAGGCCAAGGAACAGCAGAAGAACUUUGCAGAUCUUCAGACCAAAUUGACGUCUUAUGAAGCCGAAGAUAAGCAGAAGUCAGAGGAGCUUGACAAGCUAAACAAAAAGCUUCAGGAAGUUACAGGUGAAAACGUCCAGCUUAACGAGAGGAUAAAAUCCAUUGAAGCUUUGCUGGAGGCUGGUCAGAGCAAAGAUACAGAAGCAGAGAAGCAGCAACAGGAAACUAAAUCGGCUGAAAUUGAACAACUACAGGACAGGCUUCAUAGAAGUGAUGCUCAGAUUUCCUCACUGGAGAAAGAAAUCACAGAAUUAAAAGAUGCAGUUGAGCAGCAGAAAAAUAAAAACAAUGAUUUACGAGAGAAGAAUUGGCAAGCCAUGGAGGCUUUAGGUCAGGCUGAGAAAACCUGGGAAGAAAAACUGAAUGCUGAGAAGAAAGUAAAGGAAGACACAGCGCAACAUCUCAGGGAAAUUCAGACACAGACAAAAGAAACAUUGCUGUCCUUAUUCCCUCAGGUCACAGUAGAAUCACAGCAGGCAUACAAUGAGUGGUUACAGGAAUUCAGGGAAAAAACCUCAGGCAUCCUAAGCCAGCAGUCUGAAAAAUCAUCAUCAUCUUCUGAAUUAUCAUUGAAACUGAAAGAAGCAGAAGAAGCACACACUACAUUACAAGCAGAAUGUGAGCAGUACAGAACCAUCCUUGCUGAGACGGAAGGAAUGCUCAAAGAUCUUCAAAAGAGUGUCGAGCAGGAAGAACAGGUGUGGAAAGCAAAGCUAACAGAAUCCGAGGAAGAACUCCGGAAGUCACAUAUCCAGGUGAAAUCUCUAGAAGUGGUUGUGGAAAAACUGAAGUUAGAUCUCCAAAGUACUGAUCAGUUGAAAGAAUGCAUCUCCCUCAUGGAGGCUCAGCUGGAAACCCAGAUGAAUUCAGCAAGCUCAGAAUGUCAGAACUACUCGAAGGAAGUAGAAAGUUUGCAGCAGCUUUUAUCUGAAUCACAGACGCAAUUGGAAUCUACGAAAGCGGAAGCGAGGAAGCAAAGCAACGAAUUGUCUCUGCUCCGGCAGCAGCUCCGUGAAAUGCAGAAUCACGUGCAAGAAAGAGAAGCUAUUGUGAUAGCAGAACAUCAAACUAAACAGAAGGUGGAAGUUCCGCAGUUAACACUUGAAGAGCAGAUUGCGGAGCAGAACAUUUCCUAUGAGCUGGAACAGAAAUCAGUCCUCAGUUUGCAACAAGAGCUGGAGAAGUUGAAAUCUGCAGGGGAAACUGCCUCCGGCGCAGAAGAAGCCCAGCAAUUAAAGGAAAGACUUGACAAGGAAAAAAAACUAACACGGGACUUAGGCCAAGCAGCUACCAAACUGCUACACCUUUUGAAGGCCUCCCAGGAACAACUAGCUAAGGAAAAAGAACAUAAUAAGCACCUGAAAGACAAACUUCAAACAACGGAGGAAGAAAAUGAUUCAAACAAGGGGACAUCGGUUUGAUACUAGGAAACUUGUUCUGCCAUUAUGCCUUAAACAUUCCUUUCUUGAGAUUAAAAUUAGUAAUAAUGUUAUAGUGAGCCAAAACACUUCUUAAGUACAAGAAUAAGAAGUAAAUUAAUAUACAUUUUUGCUAAUCUGAAAAACCUUACAUUCCAUUCAAAAAUCACUGACUGCAUCAGUAUGCCAAAUCCACAAACCUAUAUAUUCCGGACAGCAGAAGACAUGGAUGUUUUGAAAAAGGGAAAGACUUUAAACUUCAUACAGGAUCAGUGCAAUUAAUUCAGAGUCUGGGGCGAAACCAUCCAGUGAAUUCAAGCUUGAUAUAAAGUCAUGUGAAUGGAUGGUUAUCUAAAUGCCAAUAAAAUGUUGAUGUGGCCAAA